GGUUGGGCAGGUGUAUCGGAAGUGUUCACUAUCACUUUUAACUUCUCUUACCUGCACCAGGUGUGGCUACAUAAAAGUCAACUUAAACUUCGAGAAGUCCCCGAGCCUGGCGAAUAAAGUCCGUUUUUGAUAAAAUGAAUAACCCUAUUCCUGCUAACCUAAAGUCUGAGGCCAAGAAGGCCGGCAAGAUCCUUAGAGAGUUCACGGAAAUAUCCAACAGAAUGGGACCUGACAAACUUAUUCCAGCUCAUGUCAUUGCCAAGGCUCAGGGACUGGCCAUCUUGUCAGUCUUCAAAGCAGGUUUCAUGAUCACUGCGAGGGGCGGCAGUGGGAUAGUGAUCGCAAGACUCGCUGAUGGAAGAUGGUCUGCUCCUUCAGCAAUAGGCAUCGCUGGACUCGGUGGAGGAUUUGAAAUUGGUCUGGAGUCAUCAGAUUUUGUCAUCAUCUUGAAUCAGAGGAGAGCUGUGGAUGCUUUUAGUAAAGGAGGGAAUCUUACACUUGGAGGAAACUGCACUGUGGCUGUUGGGCCUCUUGGCAGGAAUUUGGAGGCAGAUGUGGCGUUUCGCAGUACAGCGGCUGUCUACUCGUACUGCAAAUCUCGUGGCCUUUACGCUGGAGUGUCUCUCGUCGGUUCUUACCUCAUUGAGCGCAAAGAAACCAACCGAAAGUUCUAUGGCCAAGACAUUCGUGCUUCUGCUAUUCUCAAUGGAGAUGUGGAACCCCCACCUGAAGCAUUUGAUUUGUACACCAUUUUGCAGGACUACACAGAGAAGUACACCACCGACUGGCAGAACAAACACAUGCAAGCUUCAAGCAAGAUGAGUUCAGCACCAUCUAGACCAAGGCCUCCCACACAGAGAGCUGCCUCCUCUUACACACCCAGGACUCAAGCUCCUGCAUUUGUGAAGCCAGUUCUUUAUCCGAGCUUAGACAGCUGGGAUGAUGAAAGCUCAGGUCAAGCAUCAGGCGGCGCUCUAGUGGUCACAGCUGUGCAUCCGUUCAGCGGCCAGCAGCCCGGGGAUCUGAGCUUUGCUGCCGGAGACCGCAUCACUGUUAUCACCAAAACGGAGUCCCAGUACGACUGGUGGGAGGGAGAACUACGAGGGAAGGUUGGGAUCUUCCCUGCCAAUUUUGUGUCCUAUAGCUGAAGUACUUCAGAUGCCCAAGUAAAGCUCAAAUGGAUGACAAAUGAUGUCUGGCAUUGGCGGGGCCUUUUCUUUUGCACAGUUUGAAAUGAAGUUUAUGAAGGUUGUGUAUAUUUUUAGGAGCUCUAGAUGUCAGUGUUCCUCUCACGGGUUGUAUGAAGGAUAACGGGUGUUUUUUAAUGUUCCUGCCAUAGGUGAAUUAUUAUUUAAUUUCUUCCCCCAUUUUUUUGUUCCGUUUGAUUAAUGGUAUGUGGGUUGACUAGUAAAACGUUCCUUUUUUUUAGAUUUAUAUUUUUAAUCAUGUUAUAGUCUAAGAUUGCAUUGGAAUACAAUUAUGCUG